AUGAGAUCGAGGAAGGCCUCUCGCUACGGCGUGGAAAACGCUCAAUGGACGCAAGCACCCCUGAUCUGUCGGACAAUCAUUUGUUUCUUACUGAUAAACCAGUCUAGAGCUAUAGUGAUCGAGGGCAUCCCGCGAAGUUACAUAGGACCAUCUUGUCGUUCCAAGUACUUCUGCUGCCGGAACCCGGCGUUUCCGUUUAUGGCAGUAUCCAGAGCACCCUGUUUACGGAAUCGGCGUCAAAGAACGAGGCGUUAUGAGAGCUUUCGAGACGAUAGGGAUAGUGCUUUGGUAUCCGCAUCCGACCUUGUAUUUAAUGGAUCGACAUCGGCUGCUUUAACAUGCUCACCCGAGGAGCAAACCAGCCGUACUUCACAAUCUUCCGCCACUUUUUCCGAAGUCGAUGUACUGUACGGAAGGCGAGCUGUGCUCGUGUAUGAUCCCUUACAAGAGCGCUACGUGAAAGUUUCCGAGAAGAACAGAGUAGCCGACAGCACCAAGCAAGAGUCGGUAGCUCUACGGGCACGCCGAUCAUCUCUCGCUCGAUUUAUUACCACCAAAAUACUCCCCCGUCUUUCGCUCGCCUUCCUACCAUCAGGUGUCACAAACGACUAUUAUCGAUUUGUUCGUUGGCGUAUACUGCAGCGUUUCGUCAAUGCCAAUCUGAACGUCUUUGGCACGCAGAGUCUGCUUUUGGCGCUGCGAAUUAAGAGCUCGGCUUCGCAGCUCGGCGCCUUGUCCGCCGCUCUUAACUGGGUCCUCAAAGACGCCUUGGGAAAGAUUGUCCGGAUGCUCUGGGCUUCCCGUAUGGGACGGAGGUUCGACUCGGACGCUAAACGAUGGCGGUUUCGUUCCAGUUUUGUCUUUGCUGCUGGCAAUGGACUCGAAAUCAUCACCUACGUGUUCCCAUCGCUCUUUCUACUGUGGGCAACGUUGGCAAACUGUUGCAAACAAAUAUCGAUGCUCACGUCCAGCUCUACACGCACGUCAAUCUACAACUCCUUUCGGGACGGAUCACGGGAAAACAUUGGCGAUAUUACUGCGAAAGGUGAAGCGCAAAUUGCCAUUGUCGACCUAUUGGGGAUCGCGAGCGGCGUAACCUUGUCCCGCACGGUUGGUACCUCAAUUCGUGCUGUACUCGCCGUAUACGUAACACUACAAGCGAUUGAGAUUGUCUGUGUGUAUCACCAGUUGCGAGCGGUCACCUAUCGAGUUAUGAAUUUUGAACGAAUGAUUUCCGUUGUGGCAGACUUCUGUCAAGCCCGCCAAGGACCAAAAGACGGAUUAGAAGGACUAGCCGCGUCGUGCACGACGCCUACUCCCGCUGGAAUUCCCACUCCACAGACAUUGGCGUCGCAAGAACGCAUAUUUUUGCCACCGAAACAUUUGACUCGUCGCGCCAUUGCCUUUGGGUCCAUCGGCCGUGCCAGGCUCUCUCCCGACGAGCUGGGAACGCUUCUCGAAAUUUUUAAGAGAGAGCGUUUCAUUCUCGUUGUUGGAAAGAACGUCAAACAUCCGAGACCAUUUAUGGCGAAGACUGCAAAGCAGAAUGAAGAUCCGGUUUCGCGGAUUCAAGAAAAUUGCCAUAUUGUGCUGCACGAAGCAGCCACCAAUAUGGAUAUUGUGAAGAGUACACUUGCGUUGACGCUUUUACGACGGAAGUUGGCCUUGUCAAAAUUCGAUCCGUCUCAAGUGAGGUCGUCCAAUUGUUUUGAUAUAAUGAAGGUGACGCAAGAAGAAACAAACGAUUUGUUCCCCUUACUGCUGCGAGAAAUGAAUACGCAGGGGUGGGAGUCGCCGGCGCGAUUCAUGUUUGGAAGGGUGCACAUGAGAGCUGACUGGCCUCUCACAGCAAGGUCCAAGGGAAGAACAACAUCUGCCACAUAA